AUGUCAUGUUCUUCGAGUUUGAAAUUCGAUGAGUUUCGAUGGGUUACAAACAUCCGUCAAACACUCGCAAAGGAGCGUGAAGAUGAUGCUGAUGAAAUUCCUGUGUGCAUAUUUACUGUUCCCAAACCCCUAAUGUCUUGCCAUCCUGACUUUUAUAUUCCACAGCAACUUCCACUUGGUCCUUACCAUUAUUUGAGUCCGGAUCUCAGUGAGAUGGAGAGGUACAAGCUUUCUGCAGCGAGAAAGCUGCAAAAUCAACUUCAAAGCUCCAGCUUUCUGAAUCUUGUCGAGAAAUUGAUAGAGCUUGAACCCCAGAUUCGAGCAUGCUACCACAGGUACUUAAGUUUCAGUGCUGAGACCCUGGCAUGGAUGAUGGCUUUGGAUGCUUCGUUCUUGCUCGAGUUUCUUCAAAUAUAUUCCGUCAACGAAACUCAAUUGGUAUCGAGGGUUUCUUCCAGAAUGAUUCAUUUGCUUGAUUAUACGAAGAGGAAAUCGGCACAUCAUGUGAUUCUCAGGGAUAUAGUGAUGCUCGAGAAUCAAAUUCCACUAUUUAUAUUGAGAAAGGUGCUUAAGUUUCAACUCUUAUCAGCAGAAUCAGCUGAUGAUAUGCUGAUUUCCAUGUUAAUGGGGCUAUGUAAGGAGCUCUCUCCUUUCAAGAUGGUGGAGUUGGAAAAGAGUAAAGUCUUGGAGCAUUCCCACUUGCUAGACUCUUUGUAUGACAUUAUGGUGCCCAAAUUGGAAGAACUGACGAUUGAGAUAACAAUCGAAGAUGUUGAAGAUCGUAUGGAAACUGAGCAAGAAAAUGAAGGCAUUGAUUUGAAUUCUGCGAGAGAUCUCUUGGGUGAGAUUUGGAGGACGCUUUCAGAACUAAACAUAGGUCCAGCACGUUCACUCAACAAGGUUUCACGAUCUGUCACAAGCAAAUUGAAAUUUUCUUGGAAAAUCCUAUCUAAACUCGUGCAGCGAUCAGCCUCGAAAAAUGGUAAUAUCAUUGACUCAGAAAAUGAGAGAACAGGAAAUAACCAGCACCUGCCACCAUUGGUCGAAGAGAUCGCAAUUCCUUCAGUCACUCAACUAACGAAUUCUGGUGUCCGUUUUUUACCCACCAAGGGUAACAUCUCCACCAUCAAUUUCGACACGGAGAAAGCUGAAUUUUACCUCCCCAUAAUUAGUUUAGAUGCGAACAGUGAGUUUAUCUUUAGAAAUUUAGUGGCAUAUGAAAUAUCACAUGCAUCAGGACCCAUGAUUUUUACUAGAUACAUAGAAUUUAUGAAUGGGAUUAUCGACACCGAGGAGGAUGUAAGAUUGCUUAGAGAAAGAGGCAUUAUAUUCAACCAUUUGAAGAGUGAUCAAGACGUGGCAAACCUAUGGAAUGGGAUGAGCAAGUGUAAGUCCAUUAGACUGACAAAAGCUCCGUGCUUAGACAAGGUGAUUGAAGAUGUUAACAAGUACUACAACAGCCAACGGAUGGUUAAGAUACGAAAAUUCACGAAGCGGUCUGUGUUUUGUUCAUGGCGGUAUCUCUCAGUGUUCGCUUCGAUUCUGCUAUUGUUGUUGAUGGCUGUGGAAUCAUUUUGCUCAGUUUAUAAAUGCAAUAAUAUAUUUAGAUUUUAG